CAUACCAGGGACCUGGGUGAUUGUGUACAAACUGGUUCUACAUUGACGACGUUGAUAUACAACUGUGCUACCCCGUGUGGAUAUUUUUUCCAGGGCGAUUGUUCUUUUGACAAGUAAUUUGCAACGCGAUCCAUACAAAAAGACAAGCUCACAGCUCCGUUCAACCCGCCAAAAUGGACCCCUACUCGGCCGAGGGCGAGCUCAUCAACAUCCACAACCACUUCCACCAGGGCCAGUUCCAGGAGGUGGUCGACUAUGACACCUCCUCCCUCUCGCCAGAGAACGCCCUCCCAGCCAGGGUUCUGCAGCUGCGAUCCCGCAUCGCCUUGGGCCAGGCUGCCGAUGUCCUCGCCGAGGUGAAGGGGGAGUCGGACCCCGAGCUGGUGGUCGUCGGCGCCCUUGCCCAGCAAGCUCUCGGCAAGGCCGACGCUGCCGUCGCUGUUGUCGAGAAGCUGGCCGAGGCGAGCGGCGACAACCCGGUCGUGCAGGUUGUUGGCGGCACGGUGCUCCAGGCUGCAGGCAAGUCGGAGGAGGCGCUGGCGCUGUUGUCCAAGCAACAAGGAAACCUCGAUGCCGUGGCUCUCACCGUCCAGAUUCACCUUGCUCUGAACCGCAACGACCUCGCACUCAAGGAAGUUAAGGCCGCGAGGAGCUGGGCUCAAGACAGCUUGCUGGUAAACCUGGCAGAGUCAUGGGUUGGCCUGAGGAAGGGAGGUGAGGCUUACCAACAGGCCUUUUACGUCUUCGAGGAGCUGGCACAGUCGGCAUCAACAGCAUCGGUGCGGACUCUUGUCGCUCAGGCUGUGGCUGAGCUUCAUCUCGGCCGGACCGAAGAGGCACAGGCCGCUCUGGAGCAGGCCACGCAAAAGGACCCCAACUUUGCGGAGACGGUAGCGAACCUGCUCGUCCUCAAGGUCAUUACCGGUGCUAGUGCAGAUGAGCAGACCAGCUUGUUGAAGAAAACCGCACCGGAUCACCCGCUGUUGGUCGAUCUGGAGGAGAAGAGUGCUCUGUUUGAUAAGGCUGCUACGAAAUACAGCGCCAAGGUGUCAACUGUGCCAAGUUAAGACUGCGUUGGGACUAUCAGGCGUUUAAAAAGAUUCACGAUUUUAAUGACCUUGUCUCGGUGCGUUGCUUUAAGACAAAUUACACUGUUACCGAAACUUCUUGACAGGAUGUGACACUCAACGUGGCAGCUCUCGCAUAUUGCUAGUUUUGACAUGGCCGCCGCACAAGAUGCAACUGCCUUGCUCAUAUUCGAGGUUUUAUAGGUUGUCGAUAUGCUCCAAUGCAGACAGUCUGGUCAAAUGAGCCGAAAAUACGUCCGUGUAUUGUAUGUAUCGUUGGUUAACAUCUAAAGCCCGUUAUUCUUUUUUAGACACAGCUUCCAUUGUGUAUCUCUGAGCUCCUACACAUGUCUCAACAACCGUCUCCUUCAGCCACUCAGCAGCCCGAUACAGGUCACCAAAAGCGGCCUCUCCGCCAAGAAAAAACCAGAUGGCGAUGGAACAGAACACCACAAUCGCCACAGCGAAGAGGCAGCGGCGCAUCUUGACCGGCCGCUUGCCGCCCAACUUGGCCCCAACGCUCCCUGCUCCCGGCUGCUGCUCAGUCUGCUUGGGGGAGGUGAACUUGAUGGGCUGGCCCCGGGACCACGUGGUUUUGGCGCCGGUGGAAAGGUUCGGGGAUGCGUCAAAAGGGUGGUUGGUCGUCCAGUUCCACCGCUCCUUUUGGUCCUGCGUGGGCGUGGCGGCUCUGCGGGUUUGUUGGUCUUGGUUGUCUGCGUGGCGGGCAGAGAAGAUCAGCCGUGUGAGGGUAUGGAAAUCGUUCUCGAGCCUCUCGAGCCGCUCCUCGGUCUGGGAAAGUUGAAAGCCGCGUGCGUGGUGUUCGUGGGCUGGGCGGUGAGGCCUGUGACCUUGAGGGUUGUAGAGGGCCAUUGUUUGUAGGGAUUCCUUGAGAGAAGAGGGCUGAUGUAAAGGCUUUCUUGGUGAUGGUGUUUAUUUGGGUAAGUGUGAGAGGGUUCUUUGACUGUGCCUGGAGAUACACAUGAGCAUAUAAGAACUUCAAUUACUUAGUCCACUGUUUGUUAAUGGCUUCACUUUACUCCUUGAUCUACACACUUCACCAACUACUGGAUUUUUACGUGGCCGCCAGGAUAUCAUACAUAUUCGAACAAAGAAGGCACCAGUUUAUCAACUG